UCAUGACAAAGUUAACGCUCCUCUGUAUCUCUCUUGCUGUGAUUCACGUCGUCCAAGCCGUUAGUAGUAACGAUUGGUGGAAGGACGCGAUUAUCUACCAAAUUUAUCCUCGAAGUUUCAAGGACAGCAAUGGGGAUGGUAUUGGAGAUCUUAAUGGAAUAACGAGCAAAUUGGAACACGUAAGAGACAUUGGCGCCGAUGCACUUUGGCUCUCGCCUAUUUAUACAAGUCCACAGGUCGAUUUUGGCUAUGAUGUUGCCAAUUUCACUGAUGUCGAUCCUCAAUAUGGAACAUUGGCAGAUUUCGAUAGACUUGCUGCUAAGGCUAAAAAAUUGGGAUUAAAGGUGAUUUUAGAUUUUGUUCCGAAUCAUAGUUCGAAUGAGCAUGAGUGGUUUAAGAUGAGUGUAGAGAGGAUCAAGCCAUACGUCGACUUUUACGUUUGGCGUGACGCCAAAAUUGUCAAUGGGGUUAGAAAGCCACCUAACAAUUGGCUGAGUGCAUUCGGUGGCUCCGCUUGGGAAUGGAAUGAACAACGUGGUCAAUAUUAUCUUCAUCAAUUUGCCAUUGGCCAGCCGGAUUUAAAUUAUUACAAUGUUUUGGUUUAUGACACAAUGACGGAUGUGUUAAAAUUUUGGAUGGAUCGUGGUGCCGAUGGUUUUCGUAUUGAUGCUGUGAAUCAUAUGUUUGAGGAUGUGAGAAUGCUGGAUGAGCCAAGAAACAACAAUAAUGUUCCGAUUGAUGAUUACGAUUCACUUGAUCAUAUUUAUACUAAGGAUCAAAUAGAGACGUAUGAAGUGAUUAAGGCCUGGAGGAAUAUGCUUAAUCAAUAUUCCGAGGUACAUAAUACUGAUGGUAAAUUUAUUGUCACGGAGGCGUACACAAAUUUAGAUGAGAUAAUGAAGUAUUUUCAGGCGGGUGCAAAUCCGUUUAAUUUCGCAUUUAUUUCGUCAUUGAACGAUAAGUCGGUGGCAAAAGAUUUUGAACGUGAAAUUAAAAAUUGGUUGGAGAAUAUACCGAAUUAUCGUGAUGCAAAUUGGGUGACUGGUAAUCAUGAUAAUCAUCGUAUUGCCACGAGGUAUGGUGCGAAAAAAUCGGAUAUGGUGAUUAUGUUGAGUAUGGUACUUCCUGGUUUUUGUGUUGUUUAUAAUGGAGAUGAAAUUGGAAUGGUUAAUAAAUUUUUAACUUGGGAAGAAACGAGGGAUAUUUCUGGCUGUAAUGCUGGUCCAGACAGGUACUUUAUAAAAUCAAGAGAUCCUGAGAGGACACCGUUCCAGUGGGAUGACAGUGUAAGUGGAGGAUUUUCGACUAGUGAGAAAACGUGGUUACCGGUACAUGAAAAUUAUAAGACAUUAAAUUUGAAGAGGCAAAAAUUGCAGGAUGUUUCGAAUUAUAAAUUCUUUAAAAGUUUAACGAAUUUGAGAAAGAAUUUUUCUGUUAUUAAGAAUGGAGAUUUUGAUAUGAAAUUGAUGAGCGAUAAUGUAUUGGUGGUGUUACGAAGUUUGGAAGGAUUGUCAUCUGUAGUUCUUGUGAUAAACACUGCAGAAACGGAAGUGGUUGUCGAUGUCAACAUCUGGUUGAACAUUCCUAAGCAAAUGGUUGUGUACUCUUCGAAUGUUGAUUCGAAAAUCAAUAUCGGCAGUUUUGUCGACACUAGUUCUGUGAAAUUACCCGCAUCUGGGUCAGUGGUCUUGGUUCCUAAAUUGUAACUUCUGAACGAGAGAGUUAAAUGCACUCAUAUUUUUCUUUCUAAACUCCAUCAAUAAUUUCUAGAUUCUAAGAGAUUUUUUUUUGGAUUUUAUUUUUGUAUAAUAUAUAUUUUUUUCUACCACACGCACCGAAAGUACACCAUUUCCUACGUGUUUAGCGGGAGAAAAGUGUAUGAUUCCCUGCGAGCGGGAGGGAAUGUACAUUCCCUCCCGGCUAGUGACGUCACCGGGAGGGAAUGUAACAUUCCCUCCCUGUGAGGGAGGAAAAGUAACUUGCUUUCUCGGUAAUAUUAUCAAAGUAUGACCAUUGAUGAAUCAGUUACGUGAGUUACGUCAGCUAAGUGACUUACGUAACUUACGCGAGUUACGCAAAUGGUGUAGUUACGUAACUUACGUAAAUGGUGUAGUUAUGUUAGUCUUUCGAGUUACAAAUAAUAAAUGAUUUACGUAAGUUACGUAACUUACGUUACUUACGUUACUUACGCUACUUGCGUAAACCUACGCUCUUUGGGUUAGUUUAGUUAUUUUAAGCUUUUCACAAACUUUCAGUUACCACAGUUGUAACUAUACCGCCCCCAGCUACAACUAUACAUUCAAAAGUAACAAUCAAACUGCCGCGUUUGUACUUUCGGUAUACGUGUACAUGUCAUAUUUUUGUAAAUGUCAUAUUUUUGUACAUGUCAUAUUUUUGUACAUAUAAUAUUUUUGUACACUCGAAUAAAUUAUCAACAAGAAAGUUGCUUCUUAGGAGAAAAUUCUUUUCUCUUUCUUCGGAGCGUGUCGAAUAUAUGUUAAUAAAUAAAUAAAUAAAUAAUUUACAAUUGAGGAUAAAUUUGAAAAUUCUGAAAAUAUAUUGAGAAAAUAUGUUUUCAUCGAACGAGACAGAGAAAAUUGGAAUAAUGUAAAUUUCUUCGUGCUUUUAAUAAGUUUGUAAUUAAUUUAACGUGAUUACACGUCGGCAGCAAUACUUCACAGACUUUAGUAAUGAGCAAGACACUAAAGAUUUUGGUGAGGUGGAAGAAUUUUUAAGUUCGUUAUGAGAGUCCACGCUUAUGCCGAAGGCGUUGAGAACUUUUCAUAUAUAAAUUUUUUUUUCUAUUCCAAGAGAGAGAGAGAGAGAGAGAGAGAGAGAGAGAGAGAGAGUAAAAAUUUGUUACGGGCGACUUGGUCAUGUCAUUAUGUAUGCCACGAUAGCAAUUAUGAGUAAAGGUAGGUGUGCUUAUGAACACCAAAAGCACGCAAGAUGUAACGGCUCUGGAUGUUUACCACUUCAGUCCUGUAUAUAAGAGUUUUAUCAAGACACGGGCAGAGGGUUGGUUUUAUAUGUUGAGCCAUUAUCGGUGAGUCUUUUAUCUCGAAGAAAUUCUGAGGGUACUUCAUAUAGAAAAAUUCAAAACGCAGUCUUUAUAUUGGCUAUUUUUUGCUUUUUCUUUUUUUUUUUUUUUUGAAGAAAAUAAAAAAAUGGAACAAUU